AGCUGCGUAACAACCUGCUACGUCUUGAGCAUAUUUUUGGCCACGACUUCAGGGCCGCGUUUCUAUUAUAAACACUGCCCCAGAAUGCUUUGCGUUAACUUGUUGCCUGGCUCUAUGCCCACUGCAUGUCGGAACUUGUAGUUUAUUACGAGUCGGAAACCAGCCGGCUGGUUAGUCCCAGAGACUUCACUUCCCAGGAUUCAACAGUUUUGUACGCCUGACCUCUCAAGAUACACGCUGACAGGAGCUCACAACCAUGCCUAGGGCCCGGAGAGGGAACCAGUCUGCCAAGAAGGGCAGCGGCAAUCGCGGCUCCCUGAGGCACGAGCUGCUGCAACUGAAGGUUUCGGACAGGCUGAACCAGCUGAAAGGCUCUCGUAAUGGAACCCGUGGAGAUUCUGAAGCCAGCGAGGAUGAGGCAGCCAGUGAAGUCCUCAGUCACUGUAGCAGUGCCAGUGAAACUGUCAGCGUGGCAGAGGAGGCGGCAGGCAAUGAGGUGGACUAUCAGGCCCAACAGGAAGAGCGGCUGGACAAGCUGAAAGAGGAUAUAGAAAAUGUGAUGGAUAAGAGUGUGAAGACACGAUUGGCUGCACUCGGGAAUUUGCGGCUUGCUCUCUCUUCACAGGUCCUUGCAGACUUUUUGUUAGAGAGACGAAUCACCCUCACGGAGGCGCUGGAGCGCUGUCUGAAGAAAGGGAAGGAGGAGGAGCAGACAGUGGCAGCCAUUGUACUUUCCCUUCUGUCUAUACAGUUAGGUUGUGGUGCAGAAGGGGAGGAGCUGUUCCGCUGUGUGAAGCCGAUACUGAUAAACAUAGUAACAGACUCCAGCGCUGGAUUAUCUGCCCGUCAAAGUUGUGCCACCUGUCUGGGAUUGUGCUGUUACAUCGCUGCUGAGGAUGUGGAGGACCUGAUUUCUACUGUCUGUUGCCUGGAGGGAAUUUUUACUUCCUGUUAUUCAAACUGCAGUUCACCCAGUCCUGCCCUGCAAGGUCUCCUCUGCUGUGCUAUACAGGCAUGGGCACUCUUGCUCACCAUCUGCCCAGCCACCCAUGUGCACAAAGUACUGGAGAGUCACUUACCUCAGUUAUCUGGAAUUCUGUCCAGUGAAAGUGUGAGCCUGCGUAUUGCCUCCGGAGAGAAUCUCGCCCUCCUGCACGAAUUGGGUCAUGAUCUCGAUGAUGAUUUCUUCUAUGAAGACACGGAGAGUCUUUGUGUGACAUUAAAAGCUUUAGCCACAGACAGCAACAAGUACCGAGCCAAGACUGACCGGCGUAAGCAGCGCUCUAUCUUCAGGGACGUAUUACACUACAUUGAGAACGGUGAGUUCCAGGAGGAAAACAUCAAAUUUGGUCUGGAGGUGUUGUAUGUGGACAGCUGGGCACGCAGGAGAACGUAUAAUGCUUUUAAGGAGAUUUUGGGUUCUGGAAUAAGACAUCAUUUACAGUAUAAUGAGGUUCUACGUGAAAUCUUAUCCCUUGGUCCUCCCCUGGUACUGGAUGCUGCAACAAUCAAAGCCAGUAAAAUCUCCCGUGUUGAGAAGCACAUGUUUAAUUCAGCUGCCUUCAAAGCGAGAACAAAAGCCAGGAACAGGGUCCGGGAUAAGCGAGCUGAUGUCUUUUAACCUGAACCUGACCUCUUCCACACCAACCACUGUGACUGACCAUCCUCUCUCACCCGGGGGAUCUCUUGUACAGAAACGGACUCUUCUUAACCAAAUAAAAUCCCUUUUGCUGCCGGCUCUUCUUCCAUCCUGCAGAGCGAUGUAGGUCUCCCUUUAUUGCUCUAUGGCCGGUGAAUAUGACCGAUGAUGUGUUGGCAUUUGGUGCUUUUAUUUAGACACUUUUAACCAAAAUGAACAGUUGUUUAUUGGUCGCUAGAAACCCAGACAACACUAUAGAAGAAAGCUGGAGUUUUGGGUGAUGUUAUUCUGGACUGGAACUUUAAUACAGUGCCCAGUGAAUGUUCCAUGUUCCUCACAGAUGCAUCACUCAGAUUGACAAGCAAGGAAACGCUACCAGCCGCUCUUAGUUGGGUUUCCCGGCUUAUACAGAAAUAUCUCUAUUAAACCCAUAAAAUAUAACAUAGAAUUGAUUUAGGAUCUAAUAGUAUUUGUGUGAAGGAUGCUGCUGCUUAGCAUUAUUACUUGACCACUGUCUAGAUGAAUUUAUUUCUGCCAGAGUCAGGGGGUUGGUGGAGUAGAUACAGCCUAGAACUGGGUAACUGAGAUUGGAUUUGGCAUUUCUUUCUCAGCGUGGGCCGUUUAAAUGUCUCACAUGCCCUGGCAAUGUUAUCAAGUGCAACUCUAUCAGAGGAUCACGCCGUAUUUGAUACAUGACCACCGUCUAAUAAUAAUGUCGCCUUCAGUUCUGCGGAGACCACAGAGAUCUCUGGGUAUGAGCAGCGUUGAUGUUGACCAAUCGCAAUGGACUGUGUAAUCAGGGAUGCAUAUGUUGGUCAUAUUUGAGGUGCUUAAAUGAGCAUUAUUUGCAUCAUAUUGAUAUUUUUUAACUUUAUACGUUGGUCUUUUAAUGUUGCAUAUUUGCACCAUGAAUGUAGCAACAAAGCCAGUUGUUCCUGGCCUCCAUGUGUAAUGCAAAAACAAAUCCGUGCGCAUAUUUACUUGCAUAGUACAUGAAGCAUCAUACGUGAUAGUCAUGUUUCUGGUAUACCAUAAUGGUCUUUAUAUAAAACAAGCAGGCGUACAUUGGGAUUCCAUUGUCAGAAUAAAUGCUAAAGUGUACCAGCUCUGUAACCAAUAGCAACCAGGCAUUUAUUUCUAUGGUCUUAACUAGCACUAGAUUGAUGAAUGCUAAUGUCUGGUUACUGUGCUGCUACAGUUAAGCACCUGUAAUGAUAAGUGAGCCCAGUGGAAUCCUAUAUGUUCAUUGCCUUUUUUGAAAACACCAAACAACAUCGAGAAUCUGAUUGUCCAGCUGUUGAACAGCCUAUGGCUGCAAAGAGACACUGGAUAUAUCCGUUGCACAACAGCUGGUUGGACGUUCUAUAUCUAUCAAAAUACCAUCCUUAAAUAACCAUAAAGCACCUAAUUCUACCACCACCCCCUUUUUCACUGCAGUGCCUGGGGCAGGUAAGACACCACCCCACAUAAUCUAUUUAUAUCACAGAUGCAACUAAAUUAUCAGAACAUCUAUUUAUCUCUGGAUUUUAUACAGUGAAUUCUGCAAAUAGUUUUUUUUUUUGGGGGGGGGGGAGCCAAAGCUUAGAUAAUGAAAAUUUUAAAGGCUAUUUUUUUUUUUCGCUUUUGUGUCUUGAAUUUGUGUUAGAGAUGAUGAGACGCUAUUUUGUAUUAAAUAUUCCCAUAAAGAA